AGUUUUCGGCUGAAGGUCGCUUGGCCCUUCAGUCCAUCCCCUGACCCCUGACUCGACGCCUGGACCGGCGUCGAAAAAAGAGGCUCGCGCUCGCUGGAUGGACACCUGCUGCGCCGUGCUGGGCCUUGGCUUCUUGUGCCUCCACGCGCACAUCACCGGAGCCAGCCUCUUCGAUCUGGGCGGCUGGCGAUGGCGAGCAGAGGCUGGCGAGGUGUCUGACCCCAAGGCCAGGGAGCUCCUGGAGCGAAGGGCCCAGGACUUGCUCUGGGACAUGCGGCGGCGGAUCUUCGUGACUAUGUGUGGGCGGGUGGGCAUGCAGAUCACAUUUUGCGCCGUCCUGGCGUACGGCUACAUGUGGUUCAGGGAGAGGACCUCUUGUCAAGCCAUCUACUUUCUGGUGGCACUGGUGAACUAUCCAUUUCUCACUGCUAUUGCCCGAGAGCUCUUUUUCUUAUCCCGGCAUCGAUUGAUUGUGGUCUACGUUGUGCAGUACUUGCUUCUCGCCAUCCUAUGCGUGAUGCCCCGAGAUUGGUCCCGAGUGGGACCAGACGUUUUGGCGUGGGAUGGACUGCUGGUUGCCGGCCGCUUUACCAUGGCAUUGACCUUGGUCUACAAGGAUAUUACAAUCCCUGCGCAGAUCUUGAUGUCAGCACUGCUGAUUCAGCAAAGAUGGGGUACGGUUUUCCUGCUUCGCGAGCUGGGAAUCUUGGCGACCAUCAUUUGCUGUUCCACCACUGUGGAGAUCCACAUGCGCUCGCACAUCGAGGUGGUAUGGGCCUCUGCGGAUUCUGAAUCCAUGCUGGCAAGCUUCCGCAGGCUCCUACGGGGCGCGUGCGAUGGGGAGGUGUUGUUAGACAGUGAGAUGAAGAUCCACGGAGAGCCCGCCAGUCUGAAGCACUUGCUGAUGACCAACAUCUCGCUGCAUGGGAAGUCCUUUCAGGAUAUCCUGGACAAGGACACCCAGCUGCGUUUCGCAGAGCUCUUGGAGAAGGAGGACAAGGAGUCCUCCAUCCCCCCGUGUCUGAGGGCGUCCUUGCGGGGCUCCAACGACAUCAAGGUGUCUGUCGACUUGUUCCAUGUCCCCGUCCCGCAGUAUUGCGGGGCGAGAGUGUAUCACCUCAUCGCCUUCCGAGAAGACGCGGAGCUUCCGGCCGCCCAGGUUCCCGAGGCCGGUCUCAGCCGCAGUUCCGGAGGCGAGGAGUUUUUCCCGAGGAAGGGCUUGAAGAAGCCGGAACGGCCCAGGAGGUCAGAGUCACGUCACUUCGCAACUCGAAGGGCAGUCCCCCUCCCGGAGCUGAAAGAGAUCACGUUGCUCGUGGAUUCCGCCAGCCGAACUUUGGACAUCCUGCAGGCCCACUUCCGCUUCUCUCGGGUGCAGGACUCUGAGGCCUGGAUGCCGAGCCUCCACGGGCUGCUGCGGCCCACGGACCGGGCCACCAUCUUGGCCAAGGUGCUCUCCUUCGCGCAACGCUUCGAGGAGGGUGCUGUGGAACCGGAGAGACUGGCGGCCUGGUGCUUGAAGACGCCCGGGAAGACGUACUUGGGCGCCGAGUUUGUGAAGCUCUCCGGAGCUUCCAGCGGUGACAAAGCGUCAACUCUUUGGGUGCAGCUGGCGGACUUUUGGCAGACCUGAGGGCCUGACUUCCUGGCUGUGAGGUCAAAAGAUGUCUCAUGAACCCAGGCGUUUGCAGGCUCUGGGCCAUUUUGUAGGGGGCCGAUUGGCCUCCGGGUGCACUAGUCGAUGCGAAACUGCAGUCUCCAAGCUUCAUCGCUUCCGAUGAGCAAUCCAAACAAAGGUCACUUUGACUCCUUUUCCAGCGCGGCGCGUUGUUUUUCGCCCGGCAGAGAGUGUGGGCCAGC